AUGGUGGCAACCAUUGGAUCGGAGACAUUUACCUUUGAGGUAGCUUCGACGAGCAUUCGCUUCAGUGGGAUCAGAGUCUUCAAGGCAUCAGAAAGAGCGGUGUAUUCAGCUUCGAGUGUAGAGGAUGCGAUACUUGUCUGUAGAGAGGAUCUCCAAGUAACGGGACAACCAGCCAGCUUGAUGACGAAUCCAGUGCGAGAUCUGACAGAGGUUGGGUCAGCAUCAGGUUCAACUUUGAAAAGUCCACAAAAAUCAGCGUCAACAAACAUAUCCAAGGUACAACAACAUUCCAACAAUGGAUCGAUAAUUCCACUCUUCAUUCAUAGGUUCUCCCUCAGGAUCGGAUCCAAGAGGGCCAGUGGCUGGGGUGCGAUUCGGCUUGCAAUCGGUCAUUCCAGCGGCAACAAGAAUCUUGUCAAUCAAACCAGUUUGGCUCAAAUCCAAGGUCGCGUAGUUGGUCGAUUAAGCGAUCAACGUCUUGGGGAUCAGCGGCACCAAUUCCUGCAUCAUCAACGUACAGGACCACCAUCAUUCCAGGUUCCAGGAAUGAUCUUGGAUUUGGCGUCCGACAUUGGGACUUCUUUCCAGAGUGUCGGGAUCCUUGACGGCUUGGACUUUGUACGCAGAUGGAUAAGAGAAAAGACUCUCUGGAGUCUCAAUCCAUUCGGUAUUGAAAGUGUUGAAGAAGGCAGUGAAGUAUCCGUUGUCGUUGUCGGCAGAAGCAAAGUGUCCUUGGGAUUCAAUGAGUCGAUUGGGAGCUUUUCCGGCAGUGGAACGUUUGGAACGGCGAGGUGGUAG